AUGAGAGGGGCUUCCUGUCUCCAGGUCCUGUUCCUGCUGGUGCUGGGAGCUGCUGGGACCUGGGAAAGGAAGCCUGCGGCCUGCGGGCAGCCCCGCGUGUCCCAUCGGAUCGUGGGGGGCCGGGACGCCCGAGCCGGAGAGUGGCCGUGGCAGGCGAGCAUCCAGCACCGCGGGGUGCACGUGUGCGGGGGGUCGCUCAUCGCCCGGCAGUGGGUGCUGACGCUCUCAGAAGUCUCCCCUCUUCCCCCAGUGCCACUCCCAGAGUGGCGACCUCUGCAGGGAGUACGGGUGCCGCUGCUGGACUCACACACCUGUGAACGGCUCUACCAUGUGGGCACCGGCGUGCCCCAGGCCGAACGCAUAGUGCUGCCAGGGAACCUGUGUGCCGGGUUCCUCGAGGGCCGCAGGGACGCCUGCCAGGGUGACUCGGGGGGACCCCUGACCUGCGUGCAGUCUGGGCGCUGGGUCCUGGUGGGCGUGGUGAGCUGGGGCAAGGGUUGUGCCCUACCCAACCGUCCAGGGGUCUACACAAAUGUGGCCACGUACAGUCCCUGGAUCCGGGCUCGCCUCAGCCUCUAA